AUGGAUCGCCCAAGAAGACGCGAGUUGCGCUCGCUCAAUGAGCGCGCAUGGGAUGGCGACACAGGCGUCUUUCCGGUUGGAAAGUCUCUCGACUCGUCUCUCAAGAAGAAUACCGCUUUUAUCAAACGACUGCGAACUGCAAUCUCCUCAGCCACCUUGAACACAUUCCUGCAGGAGAUCAAGACUCUCAGUUUGACCAAGUACCUCUCCGAAAUUAUCUCGGCAUGCUACGAAGGACUAUGCAGGCUCAAAAGCCCAGGCGAAAUCGACGCUGGAGUAGAAAUUGUCAGCGCGUUGCACCAGCGAUUCGGCCCGGCCGACUUCACCGAGUAUCUGGGCUGGUUGCUGGGCAAGGGCAUGGCUACACCCGACAAGAGUUUGCUCAAAGCUCUGGCGCCCGAGGUUCGCGAAAAGGAAGAGAAGGAGCGCCUGGUCCGCCAACGGGCACUUUUACGUGUGGUCACCGAAUUAUGGCUCCUCGGCGUGCUCAGAACACUUGAUGAUGUCAAGCCUGAUGGAACUGCUGCCGGCAAGGAGACGGGCCUGAAAACCAAAGCGCCUGGCUCGACAAAGGUUGGUACUACGGAACCAUUCCCACUCGAGGUCCUCAAGGACUUGCUGGGCCACGAUCGAGAGCAUACGAAUCUACCUCUUCUUGUGAUCUUUGUCAAGACGUUCAGCUGGGAUAUUCUCGGUGCCAAGUCCUCAGCAGGAGAGGGACGAAAGACUGUUGAAGAAGAUGGUGUCACUCGAACCGAGGAAGCCCCCUUGGCCAUUGACGGGAGUGACGGCGCUGCCGACAGCACUGACGAUCCCCCGAUUACCUCUCCCGAGCUCCGAGAACGAUUUCGCAACAUCCUCAAGCGGUACUUUGACGAUGUCACGGCCCAUAUUCUUCGUGACCAAAAACACAUUGCUGCCCAAAAAGGCCGAAACUCCGAGGCUUAUGUCAAGUCUGGCGAGGUUUUUGAAGAUCGCCAAGCCAAUUUCGAACGCCUGCUCAAAGCCCAGGAGCGUCUUGUCAGCAACGCUCAGGUUGUCGCUGAAGCUAUCGGUGCUGAAAUGCCUGAUCUGAAGGAUGCUGGUGACGCUCUAGGUGCGUCAAAUGGCUCCAUUGGUCUGGUGAAAACUGGCGACUACCUCCGCGGACAAAGCGACGGGGCCGGCAUCUGGGAGGACGAUGAGGAACGGCGCUUCUAUGAAAACCUCGUCGAUUUAAAAGGCAAGGUACCUGGCAUUCUCCUUGAGGAUGGAAAGAAGAAAAAGUCCGAUACCGACGAGCAAGUUGGAAAGAAAGCGGAUAUGAAUGACGUUCAGGAUGCGCCCAAGCCCGCUGAAGGUGCCGAUGAUCAGUCUACAGCCAUUGCCAAUAAGACUAUUGGAGCACAAGUCGACGCUCUGCUGACACGUCUUCCCGAGCUUACCAACAAGGACGCGGUUGACGAUACUGCUAUUGACUUUUGCUUCUUGAAUUCAAAGGCAUCCCGAAACCGUUUGAUCAAGGCCUUGACCGAGGUACCCAAAGGACGAACCGAUUUGCUUCCAUUCUGGGCGCGGCUGAUAGCUACACUCGGCCGAUAUAUGCCUGAUAUACCCAAGGGCGUGGUCGAGUAUCUGGACGCGGAGUUCCGAAGUCUCCAACGGCGCAAGGAGAAAGACUUCCUUGGACAGGUCCGACUGAGCAAUAUCCGCUACCUUGCGGAAUUGACCAAGUUCGGCAUCGUUCCAGAACAUGUGGUAUUCCACUGCCUGAAAGUGAGCCUGGACGAUUUUUCCCGGAUGAAUAUCGAGAUUAUUUGCAAUUUGCUCGAAAAUUGUGGUCGCUACCUACUGCGCAGCGCUGAGACCUCUCCUCGGAUGGCGACAUUCUUGGAAACCCUCCAGCGCAAGAAGUCCGUGCAGCAUAUAGGACAGCAGGAACGCAUGCUCAUUGAGAAUGCGGUCUAUUAUGUUGACCCUCCUGAGCGGUCUGCCAUUCAGCAGAAGGAACGCACGCCUACUGAGCUGUUCAUUCGCAAGCUCGUCUAUGUAGACAUGACCAAACGAAACUAUACCAAGAUACUCAAGCAGAUCCGCAGAUUGCACUGGGAAGAGCCCGAUGUUGUUGCAAUCCUCGCCAAAGUGUUUUCGAAGCCUGGCAAGGUUAAGUACGGCAGCAUCCACAUUUUGGCGAUCCUUCUCAGCGCUGUAUAUCGCUACCAUCCGGGUUUUGUGCUCAGGGUAAUCGACAACGUCCUAGACUCAGUCAUGUUGGGUCUCGAGCACAACGAUUUCAAGUACAACCAAAAGCGGAUUGCGGAGAUCAAGUAUCUGAGUGAGCUCUACAAUUAUAGAAUGCUGGAACACCCUGUCAUCUUUGACACCUUGUACAAGAUCACGACUUUUGGUCAUGGCGGUGCACCUCUCCCUGGGCGCAUGAACCCCUUUGACUUGCCUGAUGAUUACUUUCGCAUUCGACUUGUCGCUACUGUACUAGAGACCUGCGGAAUGUACUUCAGCAAAGGACCAGCUGGCAAGAAGCUCGAUUACUUUCUUUCCUUCCUUCAGUAUUACAUCUACACCAAGGCGCCUCUCCCCAUGGAUAUUGAAUUCAUUGUGCAAGAUGUCUACUCUCUUACGCGACCCCAGUGGAAACUUGCCACAUCUCUCGAGGAAGCAUCAAAGGCUUUUCAACUGGCUAUUGCCCAGGAUCAAAAGAAUGCCGGUGUGGACGGUGCUGCCGAUCCAGAUCCUGAAGCCGAGGACGAUGCAGAGAGUGUAGCAUCUUCUGAUGAUGAGGGUGACGGAGAUGGUAUUAUGCCAGAGGCUGACGGCGAGGAAGAUGCAAACUCUGAUGAUGAUGAAGGCCACGAACUUGAUGACAAAUCUUCUGGAGACUCUGAAUCAGAAGAAGAGGAAGAAAUCGUUGUGACUAGGGAGACAGGAACGAUUGAUCCGGAAGAAGAGGCCGACUUUGAACGCGAGUAUGCGAAAAUGAUGGCUGAGAGCUUGGAAUCGCGGAAAUUUGACCGCAAGCCGCUCUUCGAUGUCCCUCUUCCCAUGCGAUCCUCCAAGACCCGGGAGGCUCCAAAGACACAAGAAGUCGAAAACCCUGCCAACAUGAUGGCCUUUUCAUUGCUUACCAAGAAGGGCAAUCGUCAGCAAACUCGAACGGUUGAACUUCCAUCGGACUCCACCUUUGCUGUUGCCAUGAAAACCCAGCAGCAAGCAGAGCGAGAGGAGCAGCAACGCAUCAAGAACCUGGUUCUUAAUUAUGAUCUUCGUGAGAGCGAAGACCCUGAUGGUGAUACUACCACGACACCCCUCAUCAAGAAUUCCAAUAUUCACAACAGAAUGAAAGCAGGCCCCGAGAAGACAACUACGUAUCACAUCAACCGCCCUGAAAAGCAGGGUAAAGAUCGAGGCGGACAAAGAGUCCGCAGGCUUGAGAUGAACGACUUGGACUGGUAUGGUAACACCCGUGAUAACAAUCAGCAGGCAGCUUCACAUGUCGAGCCUUCCACCAGAGUGGAGGCAAGUGGUGAGAUCGGCUUUCCCAGCAAGCGCAGAGAAAGGGUUCCAGGAUCUCAGGCUCGAUACCGAAAACAAGCCUAUGCCGGUCAAAGAGCCCGCGCCGCCUCAUAA